AGCAGACCUGAAGUGUGAACACGUGUUGAGGAACAGCAGACGACAAUGGGGCAGGCGAUGUCUUCUGAGACCCUGAGUAUAUCUGGCGGGGACGGCUACAAGUAUUGGGUUGGCCUGACGAUGAAGCCGUUUGCAAGGGGCUGUAAAAAAACAAUGUACAAAGGCGUGUUACUGGGUCAAGGUCCGCGUCAGUGGGAGAAGGUCGUGGCCAAGGCCUUUACCGACAUCCCCGGCACCAAGGAAUUCUGGGUACACGAGCUCAACAAGUCCAACGUCACCAAGCAACUGGCGGCCAAGUUUGUUGAAGAUUUCCCAUCCCUGUGCAGUAUCCGAGUUGUCCUUCCUGGCAUCGUCCAAAUGGAUAAAGUCUCCAACGUCAACAAAUGGCUGGCAGGAAGAAAGGGAAAACGUAGCUUAGACCAAGACGAGUGGAUUUCUAUUGAGGAGCUCAUCCCAGGUGAUUUGGUCCGGUUCUGUCCAUGGUCGCUAGAAAACCACACAGAGGAGCACGCCGAAUCCGAACAUCUGCAGGCCUUCUCCCACUACACCUACAAGUUCACCAACGGCACCCUCGUGGCCUGCGACUUCCAGGGCGUGUGUGAGAGAACCGGCUCCGCCACCAGAUACAUCUUCACCGACUCCACCAUCCACUCCAGCUGCAAAACCUACGGCCUGUUCGAUAAAGGUUUAUUCGGCAUCACCGAGUUUUUCAAACUCCACAAAUGUUCCAGGAUAUGCCGAGACUGGCCAAAGCCGACGCCUCUAACCCCGCCCCCGACGUUUGAUGAAGCGUGUCGAAUUCAGCUGACACCGUCCACCGAGUUUGAGAACAUUGUCUUCCCGGCUAGUUACCUCGCCCAGACCAACAACGCCGUGUCUAGGACCGACAGUGGCAGGAGGAGACACGCCAGUGAUCACGUGACCAGAAUGUACGCAAUUAGAACUGACGAGCCUAUCCAAUCAUAUCGAGGGAAUGUCCGUCGUCGACGUUCAAACAGUUUUUGUGAAAAUGCCCCAAAUUUGACAACAGUAGCGUCGGUUCUACCCCCCGCUGUAGCUACCACCGCGGAUACAGACCCGCCAUCUUAUGACGCCGUCAUAGCUAUGCAAAACUCGCGUGACGUAGACAGGGCGGGAAGGGCGAGAAAUGACACGAGAUCUCACGCCAUCUUGUCUUCCUCUUCGAGCUGUCCUAUUCUAGACACGGACCAAUACCGAAUCGAAAAUGAAGCGGUGUUGAACACGAUAAGUCGUAGUCAAACCAGCGAGGGCCCGAGCCUGCGCAGACAAGACGCAACAGAGGACAUCCGGGACAGAAGCUGGAGCGACAACGUCACCAACUCCAAUCUCCUACACCGGCGGUUGAUGAACCCGACAAGAAACGCCACCCAUGCACCAGAGUAUAGCAGUUUAGUUGGCGAGUUGCGUCCCUUGCGUAUCCCUACUGCUCCCAGCAUAGAAGACGAUAGACUCAGUGCGACUUGAAAUCACUAUUAUUUUGUUCCAUUUUGAACAAUAACUAAGCAAAUAAAUAACAAUGCUACGACCACAGAAAGAAAGCUGUGCCGAUAGACAGUAUUUUCAAUAUAUUUUAAAACACGGCCGAAAAAAGGACUAGAUUAUACUACAAGAAAUAAAAUGGAAAAUGUUGAAAAUGAAUAUUGUCAAAUAUUAGUAGAUCUAAUAAUGAAAGCCUGUAUAUAAGCAAUACGUUUACUAUUGAAAACGAUUUUUUAUGACUAAUUACGGUUCCUUGCUCACGGAGUAUCCUGUACAGUAUUUCAUGUUCAAUCUCUUUGUUUUGUUUUUAACGUCAGCAAGACAAAACUCAUUCUAAAACAUUCCAGAUCUAGUUAGACACUCUGCCAAACCUGAGCACAUUAAUAAACCUGCUCUAGUUCUACUGUCUAGUCUACAGUGUUUAGAAGUUAGUCCAACUCUAAACCUGGACUGAGGUGUGACGUUAGUCCACCCACAUCACUAUGUUAAGUUUUAAUCAACCUAAUCUGAGGGCAUGUUGUUUAUCUUUCUUGUGUUGAUUGCAUGCAAAUACCAAAUUUAAUUUUACUGCAGUAUUUUAAUUGUUGGCCAAAGUCUUUUGAAAAAUUUUACUGUGUACUGUUGUAAUUGUUAGCUGUAUUCUUGUAAAAUUUUACUGUAUGGACCAUUGUACUUUUACAAGAAACAGCCAUUAAAUACAUGAGAAACAGCCAUUUAAUACAUGAGAUUACAGAAUUCUGGUCAGUUUUUACAAUCAAAGGACACAAUUUUUAAACACUAUUGAUGUGACUUAUACUAAGA